AUGCAUGCACAUAAGAGUAUGAUCACAUUCGCUCCCUCCUCCUCUCAACCGCAUUGCACCCCUUACGCAAUCGAGUCUCCUCUUCCCCACCAUAGGCCCGGUCCAUGCGUGAGCGCCAAUUUGUAUGGUACCCUGCCUGGCCUGAACUGUCCGAAUAGGACGUACACGCAAGACGAGUGUUUCUGUGUCUACCAGUUGUGCAAUCAAUUUGCUAUUUCAGUGCUACACCUACCAAGGUCAUGGGAUAGAAUGCAAAUUUGUCUAUCCUCCUCUCUAUCUGGCCCAGUGUACACCAUUGCUCUCACGCUAUGCUUCAAUCUCUGGCUCCCUUUUUUCUGCCCGCCUCGUCCAGCACAAGCCCUACUCGCUGCUCCAUAUUCCAUUUCGCUCGACCAUCUCUUCCUCUCUCGAGCCCUCUCCACUUCCCAAUGGUCGGUUUGCUUCGCUCUACUCCUUGCCGAUAGCCUCUCGUCCACACGCUCCGUGUCUCCCCACGAGCAACUCGAUCCGACCGCCGAACCAGCCCACGGGCUCCUGGUCGAAACGACAUUGGUGUGGCCACAUUCGCGUCCGGAAGUAUGGGAUGGAGGCUGGCAUAGUGAGCACGAUUGCGUGCACUUCAUAGCCUUCCUUCCGUCGGCAGGCAUGUCUGCGCGUGUUCUGUACCAGCCUCGAGGACCUAGUCGACAGAGCUAG